AAAUAGACGAUGAUAAAGAACUAGCUAAUUUGUAAGAGAACAAAUCACAGCGAUUGACCAUGGCUAUUUCUUUGUCUCGAUUACAAAAUUUGCUCGAUUCAAAUGGAGGCAUGUUGAUGCGGAUGGUUUUGGUGUUUUAUCCGUCAUUCUCAGUGCCUUAUAUCGCUCGAGUAAUACUCCUAUUUAAUGCGAUUGCAGAAAAAGUGAAUCAUCUAGUGCUGAGACCUCUUCAGGGUUGGAUUGUUGUGGUGAUGAGCAAAAUACAGAAAGCUCUUCUGUUGUAUUGGCAAUCUACAAUGAGCUCUACACUCGAUCCGAUUGUAGAGAAGAUGAACAAUGCAUGGGAAGAUCUCAUGCUGUAUUUGCUGUCGAAGGUGAGAGCUGUGCGAGAUCGGAUUGCCGGUAAGAUGAAAAAUGUAUCGGAAGCUCUUGAGAUGCAUCUUGCCGAUGAUGCAGAAAUGGGUCAACCGAAGGUGGUGUUACGCCCACCAACAGAUCUCGGCUUCUUUGGAUUCAUGCUAGGAGUCGUUGGAUCCAUUACUCGCAACGAGUUUGGAUUGAAGUAUCCCACCUGGAUAAUUGCCUGUUUCUGUUUUAUGAUGCUUGGUUUCAAGAGCUGGUUAGAUAAGCACUGGUUGGAUUUUGAGGAAGAUCUGCCACAGCUCUCUGCAGAUACUAAUAGCAUAGGAAGCGCCACCAUGAUUACUUCUCUCCCAUCCACCUUGUACUUCGUUACUGGUUGCAUCUUCAAGCCAACUGGUGGCGAUGCCAGCAGUCUAUUAAGAGCAGUGUGGAGACGAGAUUACACUAGAAGAGCUGGUGAUGAGGAAGAACAGUUUAGGGAGAUGGUUAAUGGGAUUAAGCUAAGAAAUGAUAAAGUUGAUUCUUGGAAAUGGGUUCAUAGUAGUGAUGGUUUAUAUUCUGUGUUGGCAUGGUGGGGUUUGCAGAGUGUUUUGCCGAAUGAUAUUUUUGGUUUGGCAGCCUGUGGUGCAAGGUAUCCUGGCGCCACCAGAGACGGUUCUGGAUGUUUGCUAUCACUUCGCUACCUAAAUCAGGAGCUUCAUUGGUUUAAGAAAUCUUAUGGGUCAUGGUUCUUGGGAGACUAUGUUUGUGAAGAUGGCCGCUUGUAUACUGCUACUCCAGUUGAUCCAGUUUUCAUAUUGCUGCCUAUUUUUGAAGAAGCAAUAAUGAAGAAAGGGGAUGAUCCUGGAAAGUUCAAGGCAUUAGAUGAGAUACUCUUCGUCAGUGACUAUACUGGAUAUCAACAUUUAAUGUCCUUGGCUGAGAAAUGCAUGCAUGUUGUCUGUGAAAUCAAAGUAUCUACAAACAGCAAUGUUGAGCAAAGGUUGAGUGAGGGAGAGAAUAUGUUGAGUGGAUUAAUGCAGCUAAUGAAGGCAAGAUUCCCUGACGAGAAUAUCACAAAUAUUCUACAAGCUGCCAACCAAUUAGUUGCUGCCAACAGAUUGGAUAGAGAGGUAGAUGAUAAAUAGAUUUUUCAUUGGGAGCUUUGCUGGGACAAAUGUGGUCAUUAGUAGAAAAAAUCAAUGGAAAAAAAUUUUUGAGCUUAUGUUUUGUCCUUUUUUUUUUUAACUCUUCAGUCUUUUCUUAGGUUCUCAUCUCUUCUACUUUGGUUUUUGGUGAGCUUAUGUUUUUGUUCUUUUCAAUCUUCAUGGAAAUCUGUACUCAUUGAAUUUUAUUUUUCAAUAGGCACAUGCACCCGUCAAGAGGUAUUUAACACUCACUCAUACCUCUUUGUUUUGGUUUCACUAUUUUCAAAGUUUAAUCUCUCAAAUUUUUUUUUUUUCAUUUCUUUUGAUUGAAUUUUUGAAAUUUUAGUUAUCAUUGAGUUUCUUUCUACUAAAUUGUAGGUUUUGAAUGCUAAUAGUGGGCAAGGUUUUUCUCCAAAUAAUGGUUCCUCUUCACAUUCAAGCCAUCACCUUUUAUCUCGCCAAAAUGAAAGUAAUGAAGAAAAUGAAAGGCAAAGGGAUUGAAAGGCAUGUUUGUAUCUUUUCUUGGAUCUGUAAUUUCUGGCAAUAAGCAUUUAAUUGAACU